CUGAUUGUUUGAAGUUCUUUCAUCUUUUAGAACUUUCAACGGCGGAACUUCCCCCAUUUAAUUAAGAAAGUAAAGGUUUGAAGUUCUCACCUGGUUUUUCUCAUCAACACAGCAGGUCAGACUGCUGCUCAUCUGCUCCUAUAAAUAAUUGAAUAAGAAAGAAAGCGUGAAGAAACAAAGCAGAGUAGCAGCCGAAGGAGAAACAGGAAGAAGAAGUAGCAGCCGACGGGUGUCAUAGAUAUGGCUAUGGAUCUAUUGCUGAAGACGCCUUCUCUUCUUGAAGAGAAGAACCCGGAGACCAAGAAAGAGGCCGAAGAGAUCGGAAAGGUUGAACUUGAAGAAAAGUUGGUUAUGGGAGGUGAAAGCCUGAGAAGUUCUUCUCCUAACAGGAAAGACUCAGCCAACAGCAAUCCGAUUCCAAAGGGUAGUGAAAAGACAGGCGGCCAUGAAGGCAAUAGGAAGACAUCUUCAGAUAACCCGCAGAAAGAAUUUGUCCAAAUUGAUAAGGCGGAGCAACUUGAAUCCACUAAAGCUGAGAUGGGGGAAGUGAAGGAAGAGAACGAGAGGCUGAAGAUCAUCUUGUCACGCAUAAUGAAAGAUUACCAAGCAUUGCAGACGCAUUUCUUCGAGAUCAUCCAGCAAGAAGACAGCCGCAAAAAGCCACUAGAGGGGACGGCCGCCAUGACCAGCUCCGACCACGAAACUGAAGAGGCAGAGUUGGUUUCCCUGAGCCUCGGGAAUAGCUCGGCCGCAAUGCACAAGAAAGAGGAGAAGGCCAACGGCAGCAAAAGCAGUAGCAAGAAGGGUGGUGAAGUUCGUGAUCACAGCCUGAACAGUGGGUUGAGCCUUGGGCUUGGCUGCAGGUUUGAGGAGAGCCCAGAGAAUAGCAGUGAGGAAGCCAAAGAGGAAGAUCAGGUGGCGGAAGGGUGGCCACCAACCAAGCUGGUGAAAGCUUCUAGAGUUGCAGAAGAAGAUGUUUCACAGCCAGCCCAUGCCAAGAAAGCCCGGGUUUCGGUCCGGGCUAGGUGCGAUGCACCGACGCAGAUGCAAGAUGGAUGCCAAUGGAGAAAAUAUGGGCAGAAGAUAGCUAAAGGCAACCCAUGCCCAAGAGCCUACUACAGGUGCACAGUAGCACCAGCAUGUCCAGUAAGGAAGCAGGUGCAAAGAUGUGCUGAAGACAUGUCCAUACUCAUAACCACAUAUGAAGGAUCCCACAACCACCCUUUACCACUCCAAGCCACAGCCAUGGCAUCCACCACCUCUGCAGCUGCUUCAAUGCUCAUGUCAGGCUCCGCCGCUCCCUCCGGCACCGGAACUUCUACGUCGGCCGGACUGAUGUUCGACUUGUCUGACAAUUCAAGAUCAAGACCUUUCUACCUGUCGAGCACCACUGUCUCAUCAUCGUCCCCAUCUUACCCAACAAUCACACUGGACCUCACCUCCACAUCCUCAACUCCCCAAUUCAGUAGGCUGCCAUCUACUUUCUCCUCAAGCACUAGGUACUCUUCUGGAAUGGGGGUCUCGACUUUCAACUUUUCAAAUGAUCAAACUGCUUCCACUUCAUCAUGGAACAAUACUAGCAUGAAUACAGGCCCCAGCUACUUCAACUAUGGUUCUUCCCACCAUUACAGCAAGAGUCCUGUUUUGUCCCCAGUCUUAUCAAGGGCACCACAUGAUCAACAUUUCUACCAAACCUACCUCCAGAAGUCGAAUACGUCGGCGGCAACGGUGCCGCCGGCGGCAGUGACAGCAUCAUCAUCAUCAUCUUCUCAACAGAACUUAUCCGACACAAUUGCAGCUGCCACAAAGGUGAUAGCGUCGGACCCAAGCUUCCGGUCGGCAUUGGCGGCUGCAAUCACGUCGAUUGUCGGCGGCGGAGCGCAGGCACAGAGCGGCGGGGACAAUGGGAUUCAGACUUUGAAGUGGGGUGAUCAUUUCUCUUCCUCCAUAGUCAAUAGCUCCUAUUCAUCGGGAGGAGCAGGUGGAGCAGGUUGUGGGCCUGGGUUCCUGAAUAGGACUUCUUCUACCGGUGCAAGUGGGAGUGGGCAGAAAGAGAGAAGCUUGUUGUUUCCGGCACCACCACCCAUUGCUUUCUCUUCUGCCUCGCCUGUUGCUGAUGUCAAUAGAGAACCCAGUAGUUGAUGCCACACGAGAAAGCCAGCCAGCCAUCGAUCUUACAGGAUAGGAAGGUGGUGGGAAGGCAAACAAGGCAGGGAUAAUAGACAAAGAUUGAAUACGUAAUUGACAAAGACCGAGUGUUUUCAUAUGAGACAUGUAACGUUGAUAUAUCAGACAGAAGGUUUGAAUAAAGAAAGGUGGAGCAAAAGGGAGGGAAGGAAAAGCGAUCAAGGAGAAGUUGGCGUGAAAUAUUUUUACGUUUUGAACGGUGACUGGUUGAGUGGUUGGUGUCCUUUUCGUUCAUUGCAAGCAAGCAAAUAGCUAGUCAAGCAAGACUUUUAAA